CUUGGCGCAUUCGACCGGUGAAGUGGCGACGCGAAGUAGCGGCGGAUACGCGCGCGCAUCGGCGGCCAUCGCAGUCAACAGUGUGCGGCUUCGUCGUCCGAGUGCGUGGAGCAUCGACGACUUGCCCCGAGUGCGCGUCUUCGCCAAAGCGACGCCCUGCUCCGCGCAAGCGUGAUGCGAUCACCGUCCCUUCGAUCCGGAGGUUCCAAACCUGCUCGGCAGUCAGCGAAAGUGCACUUGUGCGCGCCGUCGGAUGGAUUCUCUCGUUAAGCAUCGCCUUGCGCAAGAAGUGGACCAGAUUGCGGGUCGAAUUUCACGGGCACGGCGGCGGCGCUGAGUGUGUCGUGCGCGGGCCGACGGCGUUCCGCAAUCUUUCGCGGUGGGCAUUGCACUCGGCUCGGCUAGCAGUGCGCGCGUGUCUCCGAAGCAGCCGGCCGAGGAAUAGAGCCGCGCGCACCCCGCGUUGGGUCAUCGCUCUCCGGCGUAAUGCCGCGGUGAAUCGCCCCGAACUGCUCUCGCAGUCCUCGGAUUUUGGCGUCCCUUCUCCUCGCAAGCCAUCGUCUCUGCCGAAACGGGUCCCUCGUCGUCCGACGCUCGACGAGUAGUCCGCGGCGACGUCGCGCCGAAUAAGUGCCGGCGCCGUUCGUGGCCGAGGCGGAGCUGUCGGCAGCGUCUGCAAAAGCGUUCACGCUUCGACGUCUCCGCGAAGCAUCUCCUCGGCAGGCGCUCCUCUCCAAUCGAAGAUUGCCUUAUCCGAUGCCACGGUCUCCUUUCGCCGUCGGACCGCGUCGAAGCUGCGCCUCCCUUCCCCUCUCGUGUAGCGCAGAUUAUCGCGCCCACCUCGCGGCCUGUGGCUGCACCGACGUCGUCGCGCUUUCCCCGCGACCACGUUCGCUCGCGCGCCGGCAAACAGCGGCGGCAGCAGCUGGUGACAGCGUCCUCGGCAAGCACCGCGGCGAAAAACACGCCCUCUCCGCUGCGCCUUCCCGGUGAAACGUGUCGCCGGGCCGUCCGAGCUUUCCGCGGGGCCUCAGCGUCGUCGUCGUCGUUCUGCCCGUGACGGGUGCCGUCGUUCACGCGGGUGUGUUGUUGUGCCGUGUCUCGUGUGUGACCACAAACGGGCCCCCGUCUCCUCUUCUGGGCCAUUUGUGUUUUUUUUUCUUUUUUUGCGUGCGGCUGCAAUGUGAGCGUGGUGCGUCUUUUUUUUUUUUCCCAGCUGGCCUCGGUGUGCUGCCGCCCCCAUUUCGCGUGCGUCAGAGGCCGCGAUUUGACGCCCGCAUACGUCGAUUGUCGCCCGCUGCGAAACCAAAGUGGCACGCGAUCAGCGCCAUUGAGAUACGGCCCGUGCUGUGUGCUUUCCGUGGGAAGAACUUGGGCUCCGUCUCGCCGGCUCGACGAGCGCACAGUGGUGUUCGUUGGAUGAGCGUGACGCGUGACUUCGCUGCGGAAAACUAUAGGGAAAACAGCCUCGUCGUCGGCCCGUGCGAUGGCCCCCGCUUCUCACCCCUUCCAGGCAGGUUUGUGUGUGUGACGCCUCCUCGCGGAGCCAUCGGCGCGAGCCCGAGACUCAGUGUCGCGGGUCCGGGGCGACGUCCGAGCGCGCCCGCGGUGUUGUGUGCGCUCCGCGCUCGCUGUGUCUAUACCGCGACGACGAAGACGACGUGUUCGGAUACGCGGCGAUGGAGAAGUUCUUCCUGCGGGCCCUGGGCCGCUCGUACACGUACUGCUGCGCCGAAGCGACUCCGCCGCUUCCGGCUCCGCCGCCGCCCCAGCAGCAGCCACCUCCUUCCGGGCGGACGUCCGGCGGUGGCCGACGGUCGGCGGACGUCGGGGGACCCGCAGUGCUUCGCAGCAAGGCCUCCUCCAGGCACCAGCACGCGAGGUCGUCGCCACGAAAACGACAUUCAUUUGUCAACAGCCAGGAAUGGACGCUGAGCCGAUCUGUGCCCGACAUACGCCUGGGCAUCGUUGGCAGCCUGACGAGCGGAAAGUCUGCCCUGGUGCACCGCUACCUCACCGGUUCCUACAUGCAGGACGAGUCCCCAGAAGGUGGUCGCUUCAAGAAGGAGAUCGUGGUGGACGGCCACAGUUACCUGCUGCUCAUCCGGGACGAAGGUGGACCUCCGGAAUUGCAGUUCAGCUGCUGGGUGGACGCUGUGAUCUUCGUGUUCAGCCUGGAGAAUGAGGCCUCGUUCAGCGCCGUCUACAGCUACUACAUGCGGAUGGCGCACUUCCGGAACAACGCCGCCGACCUGCCCCUCAUACUCGUCGGCACGCAGGAUGCCAUCAGCGAGAGCAACCCGCGCGUCAUAGACGACUCGCGUGCCCGGAAGUUGGCCAGCGACCUCAAGCGGUGCACCUACUACGAGACGUGCGCCACGUACGGGUUCAACGUCGAGAGGGUGUUCCAGGACGCAUGCCAGAGGAUUGUCCAGAUGCGCAUGGCCUCAGCAUUGACGCCCAACAACUCCCGGCCGAGCACACCCGUUGGUGUCGGUGCAGGGAGAGCCACUGCCCACUUUGGCAUUGCCAGCAAUGGUUAUGCCCGGGAGCAGCAGCCACAAAGUGCGGUUCCUACCUCCAAUGCCACGGCAACACUGGUAAACAGCUACAACGCCCUCCAUGGCGGUGCUGUCAACACGCCAACUACGAACAUCAACCAGACCUCGCUUAAGGAGAGCCACCUGCGCCAGAUCCGCGACUGCAUCACUGCGGGCACCUCGGUACAGAGAGAGAUCCAGAAGUUCGAGAAGAGUGGCACUCCAACCACGGCCCCACUGCAGGCUUCGGAAGCCAUGCCGCCCCCAUCGGCGGCCAGUGGUAACAACCGGGACCGCCCGGAGUUUGUGACGCCUUGCUCGACACCAACGACGGCACGCAAAACUCGCCGAAGGUCCAACUUGUUCACGCCCUUGAAGAAAGCAGAUGAAGAGAAGAGGCUUCGCAAUGGGGAGAUGGGAAGUGGCCGAGUGAUUCCUGUGCGGCAGGGGUACCUGUACAAGAAGAGUCUCAAGGCCCUGAACAAGGAGUGGAAGAAGAAAUACGUCACCCUGACGAGCGACGGGAGGCUCACCUACCACCCUAGUCUCCAUGACUACAUGGACGAUGUGCAUGGGAAGGAGAUUCCCCUGAUGCACACUACAGUCAAGAUUCCAGGCCAGAAGCCCAGGGGUUCAAGGGCAGCUGGAUCCACACCUCAGGUCAACGACUUGGCAUCGGACGUGGGCACCCUAUCCCUGGCUGGAGGCAUACCUUACUUCAAGUAUAAGGAGCCCCGCGAGCGAGACUGCCUGGCCAGCUUUGACCCAUCUGCUGAUGCUCAGCACAGCAAUGCUUUCUUCUCAGGGAUGCUCAACGGUAGUGAGACGCAGCUCAUCCCCGCUGUGCCCAACACCAACCCAAUGCUGUCAAAGCUGGAGACACCCAACGUAAAGAAGAGGCAUCGACGCAUGAAAAGCACCGGAGCCAAGAAUUUUGAGGCCAUGGAAGACUCUGAUGGGUACGAGUUCAUCAUUGUGUCUCUCGACAACAAGCAGUGGCAGUUCGAGGCAUCUAAUGGCGAUGAUCGAGAAGGUUGGGUCAGUGCCAUUGAGCAGCAGAUUCUCAGCAGUCUUCAGGGAAAUGAAAGCAGUAAAGCAAAGAGCCGCAUGAACAGCAUAGUGGACUCUGCAACGUCCAUCCAGGCCAUUCGGACAACUGUCCCUGGCAAUUCUCAUUGUGCAGACUGUGAUACACAGCAGCCAGACUGGGCCAGCCUCAACCUCGGUACUCUCAUCUGCAUUGAGUGCUCAGGCAUCCAUCGCAACCUCGGCUCCCAUAUCUCCAGGGUGCGGUCCCUGGACUUGGACGACUGGCCGCCGGAGCACGUGGCUGUGAUGAUGGCCCUGGGCAACAUGGCGUCCAACAGCAUCUGGGAAGGCAACGCCGCUCGCAGUGGCUAUGCCAAGCCCGGACCCCACUCGAGUCGCGACGAGAAAGAGCGUUGGAUUCGGGCCAAGUACGAGCAGCGAGAGUUCCUGGCACCCCUGCCUUCUUCGAGCGGGCCCACCGCUCAACAGCUUCGCGACGCCGUAUGCCGUGGCGACGUCCGACAGGUGGCGCUGCUGUUGGCGCACGCAGCACCCCACCAGCACGAACUGGUCAACGCACCGACGAGCGCCCGAGACUCGCGGACCCCGCUUCACAUGGCCGCUGCAUUGGGAAAGCUGGCCAUGGUGCAGCUUCUGCUAUGGAACAAUGCCAAUGCCAAAGCUGUGGACUCGGAAGGCCGGACCCCGCUGGUGUACGCAAAGAACUCUAACUUUACGGAAAUCUACGAACUCCUCCUACACAGCGGAGGACCCGACCCGAACCAGCUGUCGACCACGCUGUCUCGGCGGAGGGGUAGCCUGUCCAAGCGGUCGGACGUCUUCGACAAGCUCCCGGCCAGCAUCAUCUAGAAGCCCAAAGACAGUUCCUGGUUCACCACCCAUCAUCUCGUGCCACCACUGCGCGCUGCUUUCAUUGUUGCAUCACCCACUGCCCUCGAUCAUAUUUUACAUCCUCCACUGUUUUGUGUUGUUACUCCCUGGUUUUUAUUUGCUGAUGAAUUGCGAAAUGACUUAAUAUAUUACACCUGUCUGUCUGUCUACCUACUGCCCCUCUGUGCUGUUGUGUAGACAUUUGUCCUGUGUUUGUUUCAUCACAUCUCGACGUUUUUUUUUAUUGCCCUGACAAAGUAUGAGUUGUCUUCUUUCGUUAGUCUAUUCGCAGCUGCGAAUGGGCUCUGGACAACACUUCCUACAAAGCAAGCAAGAUCUUAUUCAGUGUUAACUGAGGAAAAAAAAAAAUAAACAUACCCUUUUCUGUCUGUUAGAAAGUUGGGCAUAAAUGAUAUGUAAUUAGACCUGUUUAUGAUGACGCGUUUCUGGAAAUAUAAAGGAGAGGCUACUCGAUGCUUCUUUUGAUUCCUGUUACAUAUUGAAGUUUAUGGGACAAAAAUACAUGCAGUCCUUAACUCUGCAUAACUUCAUGUUUUUUCAUAGUGCUCAGGCUCUCGUAGUUUUCCUCACAUGCCAUCUUUGCUACGAAUACAAACAGUUCCUGCCCAAAUAGCUAGUCGUGACUUUAAAUUAAAUGUGUGUAGUUACUACUACUAGCAAUUUAGCGCCGCAGAAGCUCAAUCAUUAAACAGUGCGUUGGAUAUCUUGAAGACUGCUUGCAUUCUCACGGGUGUACACGCAUAGAAAGGCUAUUCUGCAGUGGCAAUUUGCUGCCUGUCAAGACUGCUCACUGCCCACUGCAGGCGUGUGGGUGCACUUGUGGGAAUGCAAACUGACCACGUGCUCCAAAAGUGGGGCCCAGCCGUAACGAUGUCUCUCUCAGCCAAGCAGUGCGGCCAGGAAGGUGUGUGCAGCGCCAAAGCCCCGUGUGUGCGUGUAUGAACGCGUGCUAGAAUUUGUUACGAUCUCGCCGAAGCUGUGCUUCAGUGGCCGUUUAGGCAUGCGAAUGAAUGAAAGCGUUUGUACUGCAGUGCUGAAGUUCUAGCUAGGAAAUUGUUGCUUGCCGGAACCGGCACACCAUUCCCUUUCUUUCUAUGGCACUUCGCGUGUCCGUCACUUGACCACCGCAUGCACUACUCGCCGGCGGUGUCUCGAGUUUCGAGUGUGAAGAAAACACUGCUCACCGUCCAUGCGCUCAGUUUCUUCAUUUCGUUCUUUGUGGCAACCCUCUGUGGUUAAUUAGUAGGACUGACACAGAGCACAGGGCAAUGCAAGAAGAAUGCCGUACUGUGCAGUGCAACAGAUAAGUCAAAAAAGGGCUGGGCUACACAGGACAGCGUCAGUGUAGUUAUACACCAAUCGACUGGCGGCUGCCCCACCAAGAGCAUUUCUCCUGCCUUGUGUUGUCCUACACUCUUUGAUAGUUGUCUGUCGAUCAUGCUGACAUGUACUCGUCUCUAGCAGCCCCUAUGCUUUUCACAUGUGUUUUUCCCACUGAUUAACCACAACCUGUGGGAUCUGACCCUCCCAACUUUCAUUUCUACUGUAUUGUGGCAUGCACCCUUUCAUUUUUGACUGGCUCACUCUUUUGUUGUCUGCAGUCUAGCCUACAAAGACUGCGCUUGCUUAGUUUAUAAAGGUCUAUUGCGGACCUGGUUUAUUAUGGCAGAUAGGUUUACUUGAAAAAUAUUUUUUAUGCAUCGCGACUACUUGCUUCAUUGUAAUGUCUUAUUUUAGGAAAGAACAUUGUCAAAAUUACAUCUACAACACAUUUUAAAUCUCUUCAGCACGCAAUCUCUGUGGGUGGCAGCGGUCUUUUCGAGCGUCAUCACGAAAACAGUUUAUUCUUUGAUCAAUUCUAUCGCAAGAGGCGAAGAAACAUUACUUUGUGGCUGUUUAAAACCAAGCAGUAGCACUGAAAUAUAAAUUUUGAAGAAAAUUUUUCUUCAUUUACACAAAAUGCACACACAGUUCCUGUGUGUCUCUUUGAUGCUUUGAUUUUGUAUCAUUGCAUGCCAUGUGCUGUGGUUACCUACUGUAGUGGCCCUCGGUGUACAUAUGUUUCUAUAAUUUAUGUAUGUUGAUUAAUAGAGGCACUUGUUCAUAGCUUGGAGGCCUGCCAAUGGUGUGUCCUCUGAUUGCACCAAUUCUCCUCUGUGCAUGUGUUUGUUGUUGCUAUAUUCUGGCAGGUUGUGGAAAUGUACAUACUGCAGAUAUCUAAGUUAAUUUUUCGCAGAUGCAAUCAUGUUCCCUGCUGUGAACAUGAGAUUUCUCUUGUUUUCCGUUUUUUUUUUUUGCUUCUUAAGCCAGGGCAGUCAAGAAUUGCUUUGUACAGCAAACACAGAGAAUCUUAUGGAAGAUCACUGUUUAUGUCUGUAUGUAGGUUAAUUUCUACUAUGCCAGUGUUUCUCUUUAAUGCCGAGCCAUGCAGCUGGGUUAUUCUGUCAACAUUCCUUUGCAAGUGCGUUACUAUAAAAACAUUUAAGCAGCUUCACUUGACUGACAAAAUGUGUCCGAAUUUAUAAUUUUUUUUUUUUUAGUUUUACGAAUUGUCUAGUUAGUCACAAUUAGCCAAGUUAUGUGGAAGUAACGCACAGUCAAGUGAAUUUUAUAUGGGUAUUGAUUCAGUGACGUAACUUCCGGCUGCAUUUUGUGUGUGGUUCCUACCUAGUGUUGCUUACAUUGUGAAAGUUGCUGAUGCCAUACUCUGUUGUGGCAGGACUAACAUAUAUAUAUAUAUAUAUAUAUAUAUAUAUAUAGGUCCAGCAACAUUGUAGACAAGUGAUUGUGUGUUUAGAUUCCCACAAUGUGCUGUUGGCAUUGGGCUGUUCUCUUUGAUUACAAGGCAUGGCCGCUGUCGUGGCUGGAAGCAGUAUAUGUAUGUAGCAUUUUGUAAAUUUGUAAAGAAAUAGUAAACAGGUUGUUUGUAAUGUCAGUUUUCUUUUCAGGCAGAAAACAAGAAUAAAGUUAUACAAUGUGUACAAACCA